AUGAGUGCAGCCACACAGGGCAGGGCGGCGGAAGCCUUCCAGUGCCUGCGCUCGGCCUCCUGUGGGCACCACAGCAGCCCUGAGCUGGGGCCCAGGGACGCCCGGGGGAAAGCGAAACCGAGGAAAGGGCGCCCCCUGUGCCCGAGCUUGGUGAGCGCGUUGGCCGGCCUCGUCUGGGCCCCUCUCGGAGCAGCUUCCUCGCCUCUGGCCAGCCUGCGCCGCGCCCGCCAGCUUGCCGAGCGGCCCGCCGCCGCAGCCGGGACCGAGGACGUCCGGGCUGGCGGGCUGAGCGCACAGCGGGCGCCACGGGCUGUAUCUCCCGGCGCCUCGCCCGGCUCCGGCAGAGGGUGGUGGGGACGCAACUCCCCGCCCCCACCGCCUACAAACCACGUCCUGGAGGCAGCCUCGGUGGAUCCCAGCAAAGGGCACCGCACGUUUGCCUUGGAGACGUCGCCCGGGUUCCUUCUGCUGCCAAACAACAAGGACAAGCCAACCCAAUGCCCAGGAGCCCGGAGCGCCCGGUGGGACAGCAGCAGGGGCUGCGUGGAGCCGCCAGCUCCGCUCCGCUCAGGGCUGCUCUCCCGGGAGAAGUUGGUGGGGCUGGGAGCGCAGGGCAGUGGGCUCCGCGCUCGCACGGCCCACACUUCUGUUCCGCGCGGGCAAACCGGGUCGGGCCAGAGAAUUCUUCCCCUGGAGCCCACUGCCCACCCGCGGGACCGGAGCCGGCACCCAAAGCAGCCCAAGCAGCGUUGCCGGUGGCACCUGGGCUCUGCCUCCGCCCGAUUUCAGACACCCGCCCGCCUUCUGGGCGACCGGCAGCAGGCAGAGGCCAUGGCCCCGGGCAAUGCGAGCUUUGCCCGGCCAGGCUGGGCGGGUCGGAGGGGGCACGGCCGGCCCCCGGGGUCAGGUGGGCCCUGUGCUCCAAGCAAACUUCGGGGGCUCUGGGCUCAUGGCACCCGGGGCCCGGAUCCUCACGACGGGGCCUACAAGCGGGGUCCACCCGUGCACCCCGGAGCCUCCCGAGCUGCUCGGUCGGACCUGCCCCACCGCCCUCACCCUUACCGUGCUGUGGAGCUCCGAGCCGGGCUGCAGAUCACCCCUGGCCCGCGGCCUCCGUCCGCCGCCUGCCACCCCCCACCGUCCGCUUGGGCUCGGGCUCGGGCUCGGGCUCGGGCUCGGCUCGGGCUUCAGCUCGCGGCCAAGUUCAUGCUGGCUGGUGGCGCUGCAGCGGCGGCCUCAAUCUGCUCGCUCCAUUCCCACCGCCCGGCUUCCGAGCCGCGCCUCGCCGAGCGCCCGGAAGGUGGAGUUUCGGGGUUUAAGUUACUGAUAGGCAUUUCUCACUGCCGUGUCACUCGGGGAGGAGGAGACACGCACGCCGCACAGCACACUCACACACCCUCGCACUCUCAGUGGCCAGCGGCUCUGGCCUUAAAGGAGAAGCUGCCCUGCGCUGCCCUGCCCUGCCCUCCCCUGCCCUGCCCUGCCCUGCCCUGCCCUGCCCUGCCCGCGACCCCGCCGGCCCGGAGCCUCCGCGCACCGGGCUUCCAGGCCAGGAUGGGGCCCCGGCCGCCAAACAGCCAAAGAGCUGCAGCUGCCCAAGGGCCCCGGGACCCGGAGACUUGUCGGAGGGGAGGGCAAAUCGGCCGCAGGCUGGCUUCGCGGCGGCAGGUGGGCGGCACGCUUUGCUCCGUCUACCCAAACCCGGCAGUUAGGGGCAGCAGAGCGGCGGCGGGGCCCCAGACGGCGCGCUCGCCUCCGCGGUUCCGCGCGCCCCAGCGUGGCCCGCCCUCGGCGGCAGGUGCUCGUCCAGCCUGGGCGCUGCGCCCUGCGGAGGCCACAGACAGCGGAGCCCACAGACAGCGGAGCCGUAGGCGUCCGGGCGCCAGCGGACCCAGCCCGGCGGAGGGCCGAGCACGCUCGCUCGGAGACCCGCAGGCCGCCGCAGGGCCACCUCCCGCGCCCGCCCCAGAGAGCGAGCUGGAGAGUCAGCCGGAUGUGCCCGGCUGGCCGGACGGGAGAAAACCGGAGAGCUGGCGGGGAGCGGCACUCAGAGGGGACCAGACGGACAGAGGCCAAGAGACAAAGACAGGGCACCCCGACAGCCAGAAGCCAGGAAAGGCACAGGCCGAGAGGGAGACGGAAGGGACGGGCGAGUCUCACCGCAAAGCGACCCACCGGGCCCCUUUCCAUCCUCAGCGGAGCCCCACUCAAGAGCUAAGGGACCCCUCUCUUCCCGGGGAGGGGACUCACCUGCAGGGGGUGGCUGCUGGCUGCGCAGCGCCAGUCUCCUCCCCGCUGUCCACCAGCUCCCCUCGCGGCGGCGGGAGCUGAGCGCAGCCCCCCGGAGCGCCGCGUCUCCUCCCGGGGCUACUCCGACAGCAGCUGCUCAGCUCUCGCCCUAACUCCACUAGAGCCCCGACGCCGCCCGGCAGGCCGAGCCUCCAUCCGGGAAUCAGACAACUCUGUUAUCACCGUCUUCCGAACACUUCUGCAAUCCCAGCCUUCCCUGCUCCUCCACGGCGACCCUCCUGGUCCCACACACUGGCCUGGGCCACCCGGAUCGAUCUCCCCAGCAGCCAGCAGCCACCCAGCGGACUGGCCUGUGGCAUCCUUCCCUGGCACCAUCCCCCUCUCUGGGCAAAGGCGGGACUGCAGGACGCCCCAUUUCACGGAGCCUGACUGAAGUGCCUCUGGUGGCCCUGGGGCCCUUCAGGUCCCCCCAUCUACAUGUGGGUGACAUGAUCCUCCCUCUGGCUCUGCCACCAGCAGCCCUCCAGCCACUGGCCUCCUGCCUCUUCCAGCACACUAGCACUCCCCGAAGCUGGCGUCUGAUCCAGGCUGCACCCCAGGAGGGCAGCCUCUGGUCCCUGCUGUAUCCACUGCUGCAUCCCUGUGCCGCUGGGCAUGGAGUUUCUGCGCCGUACCUGUGGGUCCAUUCUGCUUCCCUGAACUUUCCAGGAAACUCCAGCGGCCGCAGGAUCCUGCACACCCACCGCCAAAGGGCCCUGUAGCUGUUAUCACAUUUGAAGGAGGUCUGUGACUAAACAAAGGGCUGGAGGUCAGGCCCGGUCAUGGCAGCAAAGGGCACGGUGGGUGGUCCAGAUGUGUUGGUAGCAGUCUCACAGGUGGAGGUGCAGAGAGUGAUUCUGUGGGUUCCCUGGGGAAGUGCGGGUCCCCUGUGGUUUUCACCUUUCACCGAAGGCACCCCACGGUUGAGGCGGCCAGGCUCAGAGGCUGGCUGUGGGUGGCUGUCUCCUCACUGAGUAGACUGCCAAGACUGCGAGGGCCCUCUUGUCACCCAAAGUGCAGGGCUGGGUCUUGAGCUAGCAGAGCCCAUUCCUCCAUUUCUCUAGGCCUCAACUGCGUUUCCCCUGCAGGAGUCCUGCACCCCAAGACGUGUGAGCAGUAGUCUUGUCCACGUUCUAGAUCAACAAGUAGGGGCCUCAGAGAGGCUCACGAGUGGCAGAACAGGAAGCAACUGGCCGCCUAGGCUUGGGCCACCUCCACUUGCUAUGUGGCCACCUGCCCAGGGCGGACAGCCGGGACCUGCAGAUCCAGGCAAGGAGAGAUCUCCCCUAGGGGCCUCCAGGAGCGGCCCUUUGCCUGGGGACCCUGAGUGGCUGCCAAGAGGUGGGUCGAGGCUAAGCUUGUGGGGCCCAGGAGCAUCACACCAAGGCGCAUGGUGGGCCUGUCUUUGGUCUGAUGCAAGUGUGGGGCUCCACGGAUCUGACAACCACCUGGCAUUCAUAGUCACCGUCCUGUGAAUUUAUGCCAAGCUUUCCCAAGCUCACAGGACCAAUGCUGGGGCUUUAAGCAGGCAGUCUCUGGAAUGCUGUGUGUGACCUGCAUAGGUCGGGGCCCUCAGAGCACGUGCAGGCUGACCGAGAAGGAAACACAUCUAGUUGAUCUAUUCAUCAUCAGCCCCUUGCUCCCAAGCCUCCUGUGGCUCCCUACUGCUGAUGGCACUGAGUUCUAGCUCCUUGGCCUGGCAACCAAGGUUCUGCAUACUCGGUGGACACCCACCGCCUCUAUUUCCAGAUUCCUCUUUAGGUGCUUUGCCACAUUUCCUGCCUGGCUGGCUUUCUCUCUGGACCCCUAACAGCCUGGCUCUUCCCGCUUCUGCAUUUCCCAUGCCGGCUCUCCUGUCGAAACCCUGCCUGGUCUUUUCAGCUCAUCUCCAAGGCCGCCUCCUCCUGAAGCUUGCCCUCGCCCUCACAACACUGGCACCCUCCCUCCCUGGGCCAUCGCAGGCCUGGCUCUCUCCUCUGCACUCCUGGGGCCUUUGUCCUAGGCUCUUCCUGCUUCCACAGUUUCACACUGGCUUUUGGGGGGCACCCACAGCCUCCCUGAGAGACUCAUGAUUGACUGUCAGUAGGGGUGAAAUGGGGUCCAGGGGCCCUCUGGACAGCAGAGUAAGGACCUGGAGAGGGGAAGUGGGGUCACAGAUGUGGCUGCCACAUCUCUACCAACUCUGGAGCCCCAGGCUCUGCUGUCCUGGCUCCGCACGUCAUUUGCACCCAACCCUGGCCUGGUGGAGCCCAGCUCUGCUGUCUGCUGGCUGCAGCCCCUCCUGAGCCCCCCUCCCCCCAGUGUCUCUUAUUCAAUGGUCACAUGGUACCUGCAUUAUCUAGUGUGAUCAGGUUGCAGCCCGCGCCCCCCAUAGGACUGCCCUGGGUGUGGUGCCUGGCCCACAGCCCGACAGCCUCAGAGAAGAGGGUGCUGUUCUGAUGGCCAUCCCAAGCACCCCGAAGCAGGAGGCAGGUGUGGAAUGGAACAAGAGGACUCGGAUUCAGGUGCAUGUGGGUCCUCAGGCCUUCUGCUCAUGGGCAACUCCGGUAAGGCCCUGAGAGUCCAGCAAAAGACGAGUGAGUCCAUGCCGGGUGCGGAGCCAGAUUCAGGCACUCUGGAGGUCAUGUGGCAUUUUGCCCUGGUGGAGUGGAGGAAAGCCACCAGGAAAUGAGUUGAAUUAUCUCUUUCACUGCAUUCUUGAACAAUUUUAAUCUUCUUGGGGUUGUUGGUGGUGGCAAGCACUUCUGAGGGGCACAGUGGAAACAAAUGGGAAAUUGUUAAAGUAUUGAUUGCAAUUUCCUGGCGACUUCAUUGAUUUAAAAUAAUAGGAACCUAAUGAUGAAUGUCAUUAUACUGUAUACCUAAAAUGUACCAAUGAUUAGAAUGAAUAAUCGAUAAUGCAAAAUAGGAAGAAAAGGUCCA